AUGUUAACGAACAAUUAAUAUGCCUAACUUCCUGUUCAAUCUGUUUUCUACCAAUAAUAGACUUAAACUAAUUAAAGACUUCCUCCUUAGCAAUUUUAAUCACCUAUUUAACUAAAGUUGAUAUCACCUUAAACUUCAAUGGUAUAUUAACAACAAGCAGCAUAGAGUCAAAUGUAUACAUAAUAAAAUCAACAUGUCAAAACAAUAUAAUAACAUCAUACGUAUAUUACAAAUGAAUUCAAAUAGGCAUCAUACUCAUGAAUAUAAAAUACCUCAAUAUUAAUAACAAAUAGUUGCUGCUCCAUAAUAACCUAUUAUUACUGUUCCACAGUAAACUGUUGUAGCUGCUGCUGCUCCUCCUUAAUAGCCAGAAAUUAAUGAGAUGUAUCAUGUAGAAAGAGAAUUGCAAGUGCUUUCUGUUGAAGAUGUAGAAGAACCUUGGAAAAAGAAAUGUGUUGAAUUAGAAAUUAAAAUAUUCGAUUUGUAAACAGAAUUAGCCAGAUAUAAAAAUUAAGGAUAAGAAUUAAAGGUUACAUCAAAUGAAGAAUUUUAAGUGAGAGAAUUGGAAGCAAAAAUAAAAAUGAUGAAAGACAUAGAAGAUGGUUUGAGAAAAGAAAUAGAAAGUCAAUAAAGUGAAAUUGACUCUUGGAGAUAGAGAUAUUCCAAAUUGCAAUUAGAGUUUUAACAAUUACUUUAAGGUGGAGAAGAAGUCAGAUAGUUAAGAGAUGCUUUAGCAGAAAAAGAAAGGCAAAUCUUGAAAUUGGAAAAUGCAUUAAAUUCUUAGAAUGUGGAAAUGCAAAAUUACAUGAGAUUAAUUUAGUAAAUUUUUCAAUUAAUAUAUUAGGAAUAAAGAUUAAGAGAUAGCAUAAUAUAAAUAAAUGAUUCGUCAAUUAGAACAAGAAAUGAGUGAAUAUCAAUAGACUACAGAAAAAAUGAAAUAUUAUUCAAAUGAAGCAGAUAUUUGGAAAGAAAGAUUCAUGAAAGCAAAUUAAGAUUUUCACACUGCUUAAGAAUAGUGGAUGAUGGCAUAAGCUGAAUUAGAUUCUUUGAAAAAAUAAAAAACCAUUACUACAACUGAAAAAACUACAACUGUAUAAUAAUCUAAUACAAGAUCUAGUAAGACUGGUGGCCGAUAAUAUUGA